ACGGUCCACCACCGGUUCUGCUGGCACGGGAGGGAGUACGUGACGGAGCACGACCAUAGUAGACAUGAUGGAGGAGCAGCAGGCGCCGGCGAGGGGCAGAAGAACUGAGGACCCGCGUCCCGGCGGCGACGACGCAGGAGCGAAGCGCGUGGAGGGCGGAGGCGACGGCGCCAGCCGGAGCACGGCGAAGCGGGAGGCCGAGAAGGCGGCCGCUGCGGACGAGGGCGCCGGCAAGCCGCUGCCGCUGCCGCACGAGCGGGUGCCCCAGCCGCGCGACGUGUACAACGAGCAGCUCUGAAUACGUACGGCUGCAUGUUUCCCCCAUCGGUUAGGCUGUCUCGAUCGAGCCCCAUAUGAUCGAUCCUGUAGUACUAAUCAGCUACGUUACACGAGUACGGGUACGAGUAUCGGAUACAAUACGUAUCGGAUAUGCGGAUAUAUACUUUCUCAAAAAAAAAUCCACUAAAAUGGUGUAUUCGAGUAUCCGUAUCCGCGUAUCCGACGAGUAUCGGAUACGGAUACGUCACCCCCUUGGAGUAUCCGUGUAUAACAUAGCUAAUCAGAGAGAGCGUGCUGUGUUUUGUCACUCGAUCGUCAGUACCAACACCGUACCAGAUUAGUAGUGCGCUCCUACUUUUUAGUAAUGUAUGUAUAAUAAAACACACCAACAAGCAACAACGGCUAGUUCAGUACAUGCGCUCUACUUGCUCACAAAGUAAUGAAAACUUUCUAUGUUAUUGAUUCUA